AUGGCUGCUGCCUCCCCACUGAGAAAUUUGGAGGAUGAGGUGCUGUGCUCCAUCUGUCUUGACUACUUGAGAGACCCAGUAACUAUUGACUGUGGCCAUGUCUUCUGCUACCACUGCAUUAUUAAAGUCUGUGAAUCCACCAGGCAGCCCCCGUAUUGUUCUCUCUGCAAGACAGCCUUUAAGAAAGAGAAUAUCCGCCAUGUGUGGCAGAUGGCCAGCCUGGUGGAGAACAUCUGGAGAAUGAAGGUAGAUGAGGAAAGACAACCCAGAGAGGACAGAGCACCUGAGCAAAGAGCAGAGAAGCUGUGUGGGCGACAUCUGGAGAAACUCCAUUAUUAUUGCAAGGAUGACCAGCAGAUACUGUGUGUGAUGUGUCGGGAGUCCAGAGAGCACAGGCACCAUGCUGCUGUUCUCCUCGACAAGGCUGCCCAGCCUUAUCGGAAUAAAAUUCUAAACCAUCUGAAGUUUCUGAAGGGAGAUAAGGACCGGAUUCAGAAUUUCCAGUCUAUAGGAGAAGAUGAGAUUCAGGCCCUGCUGACAAAAUUCCAGAACCACAGACAAGACAUUGUGUCAGUGUUUGAACAGGGCCAUCAGUUCUUAAGAGAGAGGGAGCAGUACCUUUUGGAAUGUCUGGAGGGGCUAGAGCAAGAGCUUACUGAAGGGAGGAACAGUCAUGUUACCAAGGGCUCUGAGGAGGUCAUCCGGCUUGGGACCCUGAUUUCUGAGUUGGAGAAGAAAGCUCGGCAGCCAGCACUUGAACUUUUGCAGGACCCAAGUGACAUAAUAAGCAAAUAUCCCCGGAAGAAGUUCUGGAUCGAAAAGCCUAUCAGUCCAGCAAUCAAAAAACAGACAGAAGAAUUUUCGGAUAAACUUCUUUCAUUAGAGAAGGGACUCAGAGGAUUCCAUGGAAAAUUGAUAAGGGAUCUGGAAUAUAAGACAAUGAGGAUCGUCCUGAAUUCCCAGACAGCCAAUGGCUACCUCUCAGUGUCUCCGAAUGGGAAGAGUAUGAUAUUCACUGGCUUGUGGAUGAACAAAUACCAACAUGGUCAGCGAUUUGAUCCUGAGCCUGGUGUGCUAGGCAGCAAGGGCUUCACCUGGGGCAAAGUGUACUGGGAAGUGAAAGUGGAUAGGAUAUGGUGGGGAGCAGAGGAGGAGGAAGAAGCAAUGAAAUAUAGGAGUGGAGCCAGAGGUGUGUUUAGCAGUAGCUAUCUUGGUGGAUUCAUAGGCAUCACUGAUGGAUAUAGUUCUACUGGAUAUAGAAAUGAGAAUGAAGAGUUGGAAGAGGAAUGGUCUCAGGAAAAUGGAAUAUGGUCAAAAUUCUGCCUGGUGGGAGUGGCAAGAGAGUCUGUAAUGAGAAGAGGAUUUCUCAACUUCACUCCUGAGGAGGGAUUCUGGACUCUGCAGCUGUCUUCAGCUGGAGUCUAUAUAUGUGCUAGCCCCGAGCCUUUCCAGAUCCUGUCCUACUGUCCAAGGCAGAUUGGAGUUGCUCUGGAUUACGAUGGGGGGAAGGUAACCUUUACCAAUGCUAGAACUCAGGAGUUUAUCUAUGAAUUCUCAUCUUCCUUCACUGAAAGACUUUUCCCUUUCCUGUGGCUUAAUUGCAUGAGAUCCAGACUUACACUGAGACCCUGA